AUGCGGGUCGCGGGGCAGGAGGUGUGCUACCCGCCGCUGGGCUGCUUCAGCACCGCCGAGCCCUGGACGUCGCCGACGCGCCCGAUGCCGGCGCCGGACUCUCCAGACAGCAUCCGCACCACCUUCUUCCUCUACACCAGGGACCGCCCGGCGACGUUCACGGCGACGACCGUGCCCGAGACGUCGCUGAAGGGAUCCGACUUCAACCCCAAGCGGCCGACCGUCUUCAUCGUGCACGGCUUCCUGGAGCAAGCGGAGAAGCGAUGGAUGGAGGACAUGAAGGACGCGCUGCUCAACCGAGCGGACGUGAACGUGCUCCUGACCGACUGGGCGAGGGGCAGCUUCGAGUUCCUCAACUACCUGCAGGCGGCGUCCAACACUCGCGUCGUGGGCGCGCAAAUCGCCAGAAAGUGUGCAGUGCACAGUGAGCGCUCGCCGUCGCUGGCAAGUGUGUACGUGUGCGUGGGCGGCGGUUGCAGGUUGAUCCAGCAGCUGCAGUCGGACUUCGGCGUGCGCCCGGAGGACGUGCACAUCAUCGGCUUCAGCCUGGGCGGGCAGGUGGCCGCCUACGCGGGCAAGGCGGUGCGCGGCCUGGGCAAGAUUACCGCGUUGGACCCCGCGCAGCCGGGCUUCGAGGGCUACGCGGACGCGGUGCACCUGACGCGCAACGACGCCGCCUUCGUGGAGGUGCUGCACACCAGCGGCCGCCCCUUCGUGCCCCUCGGCGGCUACGGCAUGGUCGCCCCGCACGGUCAGUGGCUGCACGCCCACGGCAGAGUGAAAGACUCCUUUUCAAGGGGUCGGCAUCAUGAACCUCAUUUCACGCACCCAAGUCAUGUGGACUAUUACAUUAACAAUGGCGCCUACCAGCCAGGCUGCAUUCUGCCGUUAACGCUCCCUAAACUCCCUCAAACUCUGGAGGAUCUAGUCAACGUUCCCGUGGACGUGGUGGAGACUGUGGUUGCUUGCGACCACGAGCGCGCCCACGAGGUGUACACGCAAGUGCUGCAGAGCACCUCGUGCAUCUUCUGGGGCCACCCGGCCGGCGUGAGCGCUAAGGAAGUUGGGAAGCCGUGUUCCGACUCGAGCUGCGUGAGGCUGAGCUACGGCUCCUCUCGAUCUCUACGCGCCGGCUCCUACAUCGUGCCGACCACCGCCUCGGCGCCCUUCUGCAGUAAGUAA